AUGGAAAUUCUUCAUCACAUGAAAAGUGAAAAUAAACCAGUAGAUUUUUUCCUAUCGGGUGGGGCUGGAGUUGGCAAAACGGUAGUUGUUAAGUCCAUUUACCAGGCUCUUAACCGUCACUUUAAUAACCAACCUGGAAGUAAUCCUGAUGAGCCAAAGGUUCUGUUAGCAGCCCCAACUGGAAAAGCAGCUUUUCUUAUUAAUGGCAACACCAUCCAUAAUCUGUUCCAAAUACCAGCAAACCAGGGAUUCUUUUAUAAACCACUGAAAAGUGACCGUCUGAACACUUUAAGAUGUAAAUUCCAAAAGUUAAAAAUGAUCAGUAUUGAUGAAAUUUCAAUGGUUGGAAACAGAAUGUUUCAAUAUAUUCAUUUGCGUUUACAAGAAAUAACAGUAUCAUCAAAGAUAUUCGGCGGUAUUUCUGUUUUGGCUGUGGGGGAUUUAUUCCAACUAAAACCAGUAUUUGAUAGCUGGAUAUUUGAGAAUCUCAAGGAAGAUUAUGGACCACUAGCAACCAACCUGUGGACAGAAAACUUCAAGGUUUCUCAGUUAAAUCAAAAAAUGCGUCAGAGCGAAUCAGAGGAAUUUGCUUCUGUUCUAAAUCGCAUUCGUGAAUGCAAAUACACAGAAAAGGACAUUGCUGUCUUAAAAGAAAGAAAACUCAACAAAGAUGAAACUCAACAAGAUUAUCCACUGUUAGUUCCACACAUUUUCCUACAAAAUAAAGAUGUUAGAAGCUUCAAUUCAAGAAUAUUUGCUCUUUCACAUCAAGAAAAAUUUACUCUUCAAGCUAAAGACUAUAUCAUAGGAGAUGUUGACAAGGAUAUCAAAGAAAAAGUAAAGAAAAGUAUACCAGAAGACACAAGUAAGACAAUGGGGCUAGAGAAAACCUUAAAUUUAUGCAAAAAUAUGAGAUGCGAAAUCUCUGUAAACAUUGAUGUUGAUGAUGGGUUAGCAAAUGGUUUAGCAAAUGGUUAG